GGAGCUUUGGCUUGCUUAAAAAUCAGCCUCACGUUUCUUUGGUCUCUGUAAAAAAAUGGCAGCCACUCUCUCCGUUCGGCCCAACCGCAUAACCGGCGGUUCUCCGUACAAUCGGCCACCAGUCAGACGAACCGGCCCGGCUUACCUUCGAAAGUUACUGACUAAGAAAUUGGAGCUAUGGAGUGGCUCAAUCGAGUCGACCCGUGGGGGCGCAUUAGCCAGAACGCCUGCGCUGGUCCGAGCCGGCUCCAGAGCCGAUGACUCUGCGCCGUUCGAGAUGUCGGUAGAGAACGCCUUAAAACUCCUCGGAGUCUCCGAUGGUGCUUCGUUCGAUGACAUACUUCGCGCCAAGAACUCGAUCGUAGCCUCUUGUAAGGAUGACAAGGACGCAAUUGCGCAGGUGGAAGCUGCAUAUGACAUGUUGCUCAUGAGGAGCUUAACUCAGAGGCGAGCAGGAAAGGUUGUAAGUAGUAACAUUCGUUAUGCUGAUGUUAAGCCUGUAGGUGCUUCUGGAAUGGGAUCAAUGCCUCAAUGGCUGCAGACUUCUGUAAAGAAAUCUCCAGUUUCGGUAGAGACUCCAUCAAGGGGUGAGUUAGGCCUAAAGGCAGGUGUUUAUGGAGCUUUGAUGGUCUUAACUUACGUUAAUGGAGCCACCACAUCCUCUGGCUUGCCAUAUUCUGAGGCUGAUGUUCCUGGAUUAAUUUUGGCGGGUAGUUUUGGAGCUUCCUUGUACUUCAUGACGAAAAAGAAUGUUAAGUUAGGGAAGGCUACUAUAAUAACCAUAGGUGGGCUUGUUGCUGGUGCAGUGGUGGGGUCAGCAGUUGAGAACUGGUUGCAGGUAGAUAUUGUUCCUUUUCUGGGUCUGCAUUCUCCUGCUGCUGUAGUGAGCGAAGUUAUACUUUUAUCUCAAUUCUUAGUGUCACUGUAUUUGAGGUAGAGCUAAAAGAAGACUGUGAUAGUAACUCAAUUGUGAAAUCUGUAAUUAUGCAUUCCCAUGAUCAUACCCAAGGUCUUUUUUCCCCCUAUUAGGAUGUGUAUCAUUGCAUAUUGUACAAAAGCAAAUUUUAAGUUAACAGAACUCAAUCAUUUGGAAUUUUCUCCCAGAAUAAUAGACAUGUAAAAACCAAAACACUCUGUUUUGGGGGUUAAGCCUGAUUAUAUUUAUAUAUUAUUUCUUUUGAUA